CUACCGCACUGUGGCAUGGCCCACAGCGGAGAUCACCAUUCACCGUGCAGUCACAGGCCCAUGUCUUGGUGAGCAGUGAGACCCUGACAAAUAGGGACACUCACUACAGCGCAAGCAUACAUCAGACCUCUCUCGGUCCCGGGUUUGGCUGGUCCUCUUUCUGGUUGUGGUGUACAGCUGGCCCUGAUGUCGAGGAGAGAGGCAGCAGCACUUUUCUCUAUCUGAUUCUGUCUCUAGCUCUACAGCCUUGGAUCUGCAGUUCAACAGUCUGAUCGGACUCCUACUCCUCUGCACCUCUGGGAUCCUCAGGACCUCGUAUUGGAGACAGGCUGGUGAAUGGUUGUCAACAAACAAGGAGACAAGCUGGUGAAUGGUUGUCAACAAACAAGGAGAGAGGCUGGUGAAUGGUUGUCAACAAACAAGCAGAGAGGUCAAAAUGGAACCAAUUAGGAAAGACAUGGAGCUGCUAAGUAACAGCAUGGCUACCUAUGCUCACAUCAAAGCUAACCCAGAGAGCUUUGCUCUGUACUUCAUGAUGGGUGUGUGUUUUGGCCUGCUCCUGGCCCUGUGCCUCCUGGUCACCGGCAUCACCUGUAGGACCCGCCGUACCAAUAAGCCUUCCCCCUCCCCAGAGAGGAGACAACUGAGGGAGUCCAGUGAAGAAGAGGAGGAUGAGGAGAGUGUGGAUGUGGAAGAAGGGGAGGAGUCAGAGAUCCCUAAAGUGACGGUUGCGCCCAUGAGCGACCGCAGCAGCCAAUCGAACGGUACUUUGAGGAGCGUGAAUGUGUUUGCGUCGGCGGAAGAGCUGGAGAGGGCGAGACGACUGGAGGACAGGGAGCGCAUCGUCAGGGAGAUCUGGAGGAACGGACAGCCUGAUAUACUGACCACUGGAACAGGGACCAUCGGACGGAUACACUACCACUAACGGACUAAAGUGACUAAUGGACCUAAAACACACGGUCUGAACCCUGAACUAAUUAGGAUUGGUCUACUCCAGAUUAACACUGUAGCUGACUUUAUUAGGCUGGCACAGAUUCAUCUUCAACUUUCCAUUCAAUUAUUUCUUUAACGUUUUUUUUGUACAAACUUAUUUCAUUAUCAUUCAUGUACAGUUGUGGCCAAAAGUUUUGAGAAUGACACAAAUAUACAUUUUCACAAAGUUUGCUUUAUGUCUUUAGAUAUUUUUGUCAGAUGUUACCAUGGAAUACUGAAGUAUAAUUACAAGCAUUUCAUAAGUGUCAAAGGCUUUUAUUGACAAUUACAUAAAGUUGAUGCAAAGAGUCAAUAUUUGCAGUGUUGACCCUUCUUUUUCAAGACCUCUGCAAUCCGCCCUGGCAUGAUGUCAAUUAACUUCUGGACCACAUCCUGACUGAUGGCAGCCAAUUCUUGUGUAACAGGGUUUUAUUGGUGAUUCCCCUUGCCACUUUAUUGUUAAGCCAAUGGGUUUUUGGUGUUAGUUUUGUCUUGCCUUCACCUACUCAACAUGGCAUCUUAUUGGCUGGUUUGCGUAGCUUGCUUACGAGGGAGGAUGUUUCAGUUAGAAUCGUCCCAGUGAACAAGCACCAAACCAGCGGUAAGUUGUUGGUUGCAAAGCACUGUACAUCAAAAGUGAUUUUUAUACUCCCAAGUGAUGAUUUAAAUGUACAAUUUAUAUACAUUUGUUUGUAAAUGUUAUUCGAACAUCACACAUAAGAUGCAGUGUUUUUUGGAGAAUAUUUGUUGUGCAUUUUGUUGAAAAGAAUUGCCGCCAGUACUAGCUAGCAACUUACUGUGUCUGGUGGGGGGGGUUCAUAUAUUUUGUACAGUGCGUGAGUGCAGAGUUGGAUGGUGAGCCGUGCAUUGCAUGACGUGCAAUUUUGUGCUGUUCCUACCAGGUACAUUGUUAAAGAUAUUAUAUUGUAAUUGUAUUAUUUUGGUAACUACAUGCCCCAGUGAACAAGCACCAAACCAGCGUGCGUGAGUGCAGAGUUGGAUGGUGAGCCGUGCAUUGCAUGACGUGCAAUUUUGUGCUGUUCCUACCAGAAUAAAUCUCCAUGACUGGUGCUACACGUUGGAAUUCGUGUCGAGGAUUGAUUGUACACAACGCAAGAAGAGUACUGUUACACUUGCAUAAUCAAUGCUUGGAGUUAGUCAGAAUUUGUGGGGUUUUGUUUGUCCACCCGCCUCUUGAGGAUUGACCACAAGUUCUCAAUUGGAUUAAGGUCUGGGGAGUUUCCUGGCCAUGGACCCAAAAUAUCUAUGUUUUGUUCCCCGAGCCACUUAGUUAUCACUUUUGCCUUAUGGCAAGGUGCUCCAACAUGCUGGAAAAGGCAUCGUUCGUCACCAAACUGUUCCUGGAUGGUUGGGAGAAGUUGCUCACGUAGGAUGUGUUGGUACCAUUCUUAAUUCAUGGCUGUGUUCUUAGGCAAAAUUGUGAGUGAGCCCACUCCCUUGGCUGAGAAGCAACCCCACACAUGAAUGGUCUCAGGAUGCUUUACUGUUGGCAUGACACAGGACUGAUGGUAGCGCUCACCUUGUCUUCUCCGGACAAGCUUUUUUCCAGAUGCCCCAAACAAUCGGAAAGGGGAUUCAUCAGAGAGAAUGACUUUACCCCAGUCCUCAGCAGUCCAAUCCUUGUACCUUUUGCAGAAUAUCAGUCUGUCCCUGAUGUUUUUCCUGGAGAGAAGUGUCUUCUUUGCUGCCCUUCUUGACACCAGGCCAUCCUCCAAAAGUCUUCGCCUCACUGUGCGUGCAGAUGCACUCACACCUGCCUACUGCCAUUCCUGAGCAAGCGCUGUACUGGUGGUGCCCCGAUCCCGCAGCUGAAUCAACUUUAGGAGAUGGUCCUGGCGCUUGCUGGACUUUCUUGGGCGCCCUGAAGCCUUCUUCACAACAAUUGAACCGCUCUCCUUGAAGUUCUUGAUGAUCCGAUAAAUGGUUGAUUUAGGUCCAAUCUUAAUGGCAGGAAUAUCCUUGCCUGUGAAGACCUUUUUGUGCAAAGCAAUGAUGACGGCACGUGUUUCCUUGCAGGUAACCAUGGUUGACAGAGGAAGAACAAUGAUUCCAAGCACCACCCUUCUUUUGAAGCUUCCAGUCUGUUAUUCGAACUCAAUCAGCAUGACAGAGUGAUCUCCAGCCUUGUCCUCGUCAACACUCACACCUGUGUCAACGAGAGAAUCACUAACAUGAUGUCAGCUGGUCCUUUUGUGGCAGGGCAGCUGAAAUGUUUUUGGGAGGAUUCAGUUCAUUUGCAUGGCAAAGAGGGACUUUGCAAUUAAUUGCAAUUCAUCUGAUCACUCUUCAUAACAUUCUGGAGUAUAUGCAAAUUGCCAUCAUACAAACUGAGGCAGCAGACUUUGUGAAAAUUCAUAUUUGUGUCAUUCUCAAAACUUUUGGCCACAACUGUACUGGCCUAUGACAAAAGUGUGGCACAAUACAAUGUAAGCUUCAAAAUUGUAUUAUUCAAUUAGUAUUCAGAUAAAUAGAAUGUCAUAAUCGCUGCUCCCAAUGGACACACAUAAUAAGUAACAUGAAAAAUACCCCACAUUGAUUUACAUUACAGACAGCUUGAAGAACCAACCACCAACAUUGCUGCCUCUUCGGGUAUAAUGUCAACAUUCGCUUAUGGACUCUUCUAUGGUUUAACGCUGCUCCCACACAGAGUCGGUUCCAAGCUCCAACGCUCCAGGCUAAUCUUAGCCGGCUAGAAAUCUUCCCACAGAAUCCUCCCAGCCUUUAACCCAGCGUUAGCCACCACCUCUGACCCCAUCACUUCCUGUGUUACCCUUUCAAGUCCCAGCAGCCUCUCUGUUACAGCAGCAGCAACACUGCAGCAGCUCUCCCCUCAAGGGAAGAUUGUUGAGGACUUAUGAAAAGGCCACAGAUACCUGUUCUGCAUUCCAAAUGGAACCCCAUUCCAUAAUUGGGGAGGACGGGUUCAUGGUAAUGGCUGGAGCGGAAUCGGUGGAACGGUAUCAAACACAUGGUUUCUAUGUGUUUGAUGCCAUUCUAUGAGUUCCGUUCCAGUCAUUAUUAUGAGACGUCCUCCCCUCACCAGCCUCCACUGACUACUAUAUAUGGAUUAGAGUACCAUUUGGGACUCAUCCCUUUAAUACCGCUUCAGUGAGUGACUCUAGUCUUUGACUUGAGAGGCUAUGUAACUUGACUUGAGAGGUUAUGUAACUUGACUUGAGAGGCUAUGUAACUUGACUUGAGAGGUUAUGUAACUUGACUUGAGAGGCUAUGUAACUUGACUUGAGAGGUUGUGUAACUUGACUUGAGAGGUUGUGUAACUUGACUUGAGAGGCUAUGUAACUUGACUUGAGAGGCUAUGUAACUUGACUUGAGAGGUUAUGUAACUUGACUUGAGAGGCUAUGUAACUUGACUUGAGAGGCUAUGUAACUUGACUUGAGAGGUUAUGUAACUUGACUUGAGAGGCUAUGUAACUUGACUUGAGAGGUUGUGUAACUUGACUUGAGAGGUUGUGUAACUUGACUUGAGAGGUUAUGUAACUUGACUUGAGAGGCUAUGUAACUUGACUUGAGAGGUUGUGUAACUUGACUUGAGAGGUUGUGUAACUUGACUUGAGAGGUUGUGUAACUUGACUUGAGAGGUUGUGUAACUUGACUUGAGAGGUUAUGUAACUUGACUUGAGAGGUUGUGUAACUUCAGUCUGCACAAAGUUGCAUAUUGAGCAUGUGAUCAUUGCCAAAUGCUUUAUUUGAAAUUGGCCCGGUAAAGACUAUUUCAGUCCACUGCUAAAUUCCUAGUCCUUAUCACAUUGUCCUAAGCAGACUUUUCUUUGGCCUACAUAAUGUCUAAAACAGGUUAGAAACUAUGCAAAAUAUCCUGUUGAGUCCAAAGAACUUCGGAUACUACAGCUUUGAAUGUGUACAACUUAAAGGGUUAGUUCAGCAUUUUGGCAAUGAAGCCCUUUAAUAUCCCCCUUUCGCCUUUAUUUCCUUCCCCAGAUGAACUUGUUGAUACCAUUUGUAUGUCUCUGCAUACAGUUUGAAGUUGCUAACCAGUGUUAGUGCAAUAACUGGAAGUCUAUGUAAGUUAGUUUAACAGAUUAUUGUGAAAUAAACGAAAUGCUUAUUGGA